AACCAAAAAUUAUUGAUAAGACUCGCUCACAAUAUAUGACCGUUACACACCUCAACGUACCAAAACUCACAGAUUUUAAAAAAUUCAUUUAUGGGACCCAAACCUUUUCAUCUUUCUCUAGUUUACCGUUAGCCCUCUUCUUCACCUUAUCAACUUAACUCUACACCUCUAAAAAAACACUCUGAAAUGGUCAAUUGAAUGUUUGUAUCUAUCAAUCUUUAAGAGCUUUUGUUGACUCAACUUUCUUGAUUUGUUUGUUUCUUGAAAAUUCUGAAAAAAAUCUUAGCUUUCUGUAAUUUCUUAAUUUUCAAGAAUUGGGGUUGUUGAGGAAUUGAUUUUUUGUUCUUGAAAAUUCUGAAAAAGGUCCUAGCUUUUCUGCAAUUUCUAAAUUUUCAAGAAUUGGGGUUGUUGAGGAAUUUCAAGUUUUAAUCUUGACUCACUCUACUCAACUUUCUUGACUAUUUUUGUUCUUGAAAAUUCAAAAAGGUCUUAGCUUUUCUGCAAUUUUGAGGAAUUUCAAGAUUAUGGCAGCAUUAGCACCAGGGAUUUUGUUGAAGCUGUUAAAUGGGAUGAAAUCAGGGGUGAAGCCUACUAGUGAACAUAGGAGUUCACUUUUGCAGGUUACUGAUAUUGUUCCUGCAGAUCUUGAUGAGAAGAAUUUAUGGCCAAAGCAUGGAUUUUUCAUCAAGGUUUCUGAUUCUUCGCAUUCCAUUUAUGUAAGUCUUCCAUAUGAGCAAGAUGAUUUGGUUUUAAGCAAUAAAAUGCAGCUAGGACAGUUCAUUUAUGUCGAUAGAUUAGAGCCCGGUUCGCCUGUUCCUGUUGUUAAAGGUGCUAAGCCUCUUCCUGGGAGGCACCCACUUGUGGGAACUCCAGAACCAUUAAUGGGGUUGAGAGAAAAGGGGGAGAAAGUUGAACAUAAAUUCAAUCAGAAUCAUCAGUCAGCUCCAAGAAGGGGUUCUUGGGGAAUAGGCCAAAAUGGGGCAGAAAUUGUUGCUUCAUCUCCUCAAGUUUUGAAGCCAGUUCCUAUUGAUUUCGAUCAAUGUACACCGAUAAAAGAGAAGUCUACUGCUGUCAAAUUUGCACGAAUUAUUCCAAUGUCACCUCUUAUUCGGGGAAAAUUCUCUAAAGAUGGAGGAGCUAGUGGUGGGGUGGUAAGGUCAUCAGCCGGUGGCGCAUUGUUGUCUAAAUUGAUGGAGGCUAAGGGGGAAAGUCCUUCUAUGGUGAGAAAAAGUUGUGCUACCCCUAGCAUGAUGAAAUUUCCGAGGAGCAGAAGUGUAACAGAACGCGAUCGAGAACAAAGAAUUGUCAAUUCACCUUUAAACUCUGCUACACAGGAAAAGAAAAGUUCAACUCCACCACCAAGUUUGAGGAGUGCAAGGAUGGCAGCUUCACCAACAGUAGGCAGAGAUUCUCAGAGACUUCCCAAUUCGAAAAAGUCUUCUCAAGAACAGCAACAAUCUCAGCCUAUUGAUUCUUUACCUCAUGACAACACCAGUCUGACUGUAAAUUUGCCUGGAAAACUUAGUAUCUUGGGAAAGGAAGCUGUACAACAAAGGGAAAAUGCACAGAAAAUUGCUCUUCAAGCACUAAGGGAUGCAUCAGCUACAGAAAAUCUUGUCCGGUCUCUUAAGAUGUUUUCGAACUUGAGUAGAGCUGCGAAAUCAGAUGCACCAGCAGCCUGUUUUGAUCAAUUUCUUGAGUUUCAUGAACAGCUUGUGCAAGCUGUGGCAGAAAUGGUAUCCAUUCAAGCAGCAACAGCUUCAAACGAAGCGUCACAAACUCCAAAUGCUGAACCAGAGAAUGGUGGUGCCCCUAUUCUACACGAAAUAAUGCAGAAUUCACUGGAAGAAUCACGAGACAGUGAAUCGAAUGCAUCAAAGAGGAGAGCUGCACUUUACAAAUCCAUUGCAGUCUUUCCUGAAAGGAGUGAUCAAAAGUCAAUUCUUGGAAAGCAUUUGAGAUCAACAUCAAAGGCAAUAAAAGGAGCAUCAAAUACUACUAACAUAAAUGAGAAUGACGAGAACAAGAAACCAGCUUCUUCUUGGAUAAGCAGCAGCAUUUCCAAUACAAUCAAAUUGGGAAAGCAGAUUGAGAGUGAAUCAGGAAGUUGGUUUAUGGAUUUUCUUGAAAAAGCCCUGGAGAAAGGGCUGAAAAAGGCUAAAGGAAAAGCAGCAUCAGAUUCUUCAAGCAAAGUCCCUCAGUCACUCUUACUUAAAGUGAUCAAUUGGGUAGAGGUGGAACAGUUUGAUUCUAAUAAACGCGCUAUUCAUCCUAAAGCAGGACAAAUUGCCAGAAAGUUGAGGAUCAAGGUGAAGAAUCCUUAAGAAAAGAAUGAUUGUUUAAGAAUCUGAAAUUUAUUGUAUUUGUAUCAAACAUUCUUUGAUAAGUUUGUGGAGACUUGUUUUAUUUUUGUGUUUACUUUCUACCCCUUUCUGUCAUUUGGUACUCUAUUCACAAAAAUUAUUGCUAUAGAAAUCUGUAAUAUGUAAUACUGUCCUACUGUUCAGAUUCAUGCUUCUAUUGUUUGUCGCAUGAAUUUCAAGAGAUUAUACGACUUUAUGACAACUUUUUUUUACGCGA